UCAUGUCGAAUAAUGUAAAGAGCUUUUCAGUGGGAUAUAAUCCCAUUAACAAGAGCAAUAUUUUCGCCAGUGGCAAUCAAAUCACAGGACAGAUUACAUUGGAACUGGAAAAAGAAUGUAAAAUAGAUUCACUCAGUGUAAAGCUGAAGGGAAAAGCAGAAGUCAGUUGGACUGAAAAUUAUGGAAGAACAACUGUAAGGUACCAUGCCAAGGACAAGUACUUCAGUAUCAAGCAGUUUAUCAUUGUGGAGGGCCGGGGUAAGUCAUCUACUUAUGUCAUUCAAUUUGAAACAACCUAUUACGAUCUUGUUUACCGGGGCUGCCAUGUGUACCCAUUCACCUUUCUGAUCCCUGCACAAGACCUACCAUCGUCCUUCAAAAACUCAAGAGGAAAGAUUGUGUACACACUGGAAGCAAAACUGAGCAGGUCAAUGAGAAUAGACAGCAAAGCUAAGGCGAAGUUCACCCUCGUCCAUAAUGGGAACCUAAAGAGUGAUCCAUCACUGAUGACUCCACAGCACAGUAACACAGAGAAGAAAAUGAAGCUCUUUACAUCGGGAGCCGUAGGCAUGGAUGUAAAUAUUAACCGGACAGGAUUCCACCAAGGAGAAGGAAUAAAGGUUGUGGCCUCCAUUCAUAACAAAUCAUCUCGUGAGAUUAGGCCCAAGUACUGUUUGUAUAGGAAGUACAGUUACUUUGCAAAGGGGAAGAGGAGAGUUGAAACCAAAGACAUCCUGAAAGAGGUGGGCGACGCCAUCCCGCCAUCUGCAGGUCAGACCGUCACCAGGAUCAUCACCAUCCCUCCCACCACGGGUAUGUCCAUCUUAAACUGCAGGGUCCUCAAAGCAGAGUACAGGCUCAGGGUCUAUCUGGAUGUCAAAUACGCUUCAGACCCAGAGAUCAAGUUCCCCAUCGUCGUUCUGCCGGCUCUACAGGAGCCUGAUGGGGAGGAUGUGCCUGCUUAUCCUACCUUUGGAUUUGAAGCAUUUGCAAGCUCAGACAUGCCAGGAGGAGCAAGCUUCCUACAAAAUCCAACUGCCUCAGGCCCUUCUGCUCCACCUCCACCCUAUGGGACUUAUGGGAUGUACCCCUCUUUGAUGGAUUUCAAUGGAAGAAGCUCAAAAUAAAUUUAGAGGGCACAGUGCUCUUUUUAAAUUCACAGUAUGAGACAUGACUCUAAAUUAGGAAUUACUGCAACAAGGUAUAGUAUAGUAGUAUAACACAUUUGUGCUUAAUCCUUGUUGUCCAGGUAAAAUGGCAAGAAUGGUGACACUGAAACAAUGUCUUUUUUUAAAUAUUUAGAAUAUUUAUAAGAAUGAUUUCAAUUUAAUAAAUUAAGGAACGAGGGGCAUUGAUCAGCUCCUGUAUGAUGACUAUGACUACAUGGCCAGUAAAUUACUACACUUGAUCUCAUGGUUUUGUCGUUGUAGAUUAUGCCACAAAGAAUGUGGAUUUAGAUAUGCUUAAAUAAGCAAUAAAUAUAAAUUAGCAUAAUCUACUUUACCACAGAGAAAAUGCAGUUUUCAGUAUUUCUGGUGUCUGACAACAGAAUACUUACAUGACAAAUGUGUACUUUCAAAACUAUAAUAACUUUGUAACAGAUGGAUUUCUGAAUAUGUAAUCUAACCUCUUUGCCACCAGCUACAGUAUAUGUAAAUCAGAACCGUGGAAAAAGAGGAUCUGACAAACAGGAGCACUCUAAAAGAGAUACUGCGUACUUUUUAAUCCCUUACUCUCCUUAUAUCUCUGUGUAGAAAUGGAACUGGAAUAGUAAAAAUCCCGUAUGGAAAAAUUCCACGAGAUAGAGAUCAGUCACGAGAUGCACUUGGUCACAAGAUGUUGCCAUACUCUAUUGUCACCAGUGAGCCUGAACGUUUGACAUGUGUACUUUC